ACCAAAUAGCCAAGACUUGUCGGAGCUACUGAAAACCACCGAAGGUUUCAGUAGUGCCAUCAACAUGGAGUUUGGUGUCGAUAAAUGUGCGGUUAUGCAUGUACAGCGGGGGAGGGUUGUAAAUUCAACAAAUUUACAACUCUCUGAGACAAUGUCUUUCAGAUCUAUCUCUGAAUCAGAAACCUAUAAAUACCUUGGCAUGUCACAGUCGUUGGGUAUUGAGGACGAGGGUAUUAGACGGUCGGUGAAGGAGCGUUUUUUCAGUCGGCUCACAAAAGUCCUUAACAGUCUUUUGUCAGGAGGCAACAAAGUGCGCGCCUUCAACGCCUGGGUAAUGCCCCUACUCACAUACUCCUUUGGCAUACUAAGGUGGACUCAGACCGAGCUGGACGCCCUGGAUCGGAGGGUCCGGUCACUGCUCACCUCACAUCGCAUGCUACACCCACGCUCGUCAGUUAUGAGAUUGUACAUCCCACGGAAGUGUGGAGGCCGAGGCUUCCUAAACGCCAAGGAUCUCCACAACCGCGAGGUGUACAAUCUCAGGAAUUAUUUCCUUAACAACGAGUGUGGGAUGCAUCGUGAUGUGGUGGCAGUAGACAGGAACCUCACGCCGCUCUCCUUGGCAAACGAGAACUGGCGCAAACCUGUGGUACUAAGUACUGCGGAUCGCAAGGCGGCAUGGGAGAGUAAGGUGCUACACGGGCGGUUCUACAAGGCCCUCACGGGACCCGAUGUGGACCUGCUCGCGUCGGUGAACUGGUUACGAUUCGGGGACCUCUUCGGAGAAACCGAGGGUUUUGCCUGUGCAAUUGCGGACGAAGUGAUGAUGACGAACAACUAUCGGAAAUAUAUCCUGAAGGACGGUACGGUCGACAUUUGUCGGGCAUGCCGCCGUCCCGGAGAGUCACUCAGGCAUAUCAUUUCCGGUUGUUCUCAUCUUGCUAACGGCGAGUACUUGCACAGACAUAAUCUCGUAGCCAGAAUUAUUCACCAGCAACUUGCUCUUCUAUAUGGCCUUGUGGACCGCGAAGUACCGUACUACAAGUACUUACCUGUGCCUGUUCUCGAGAAUGGUCGUGCCACGCUCUAUUGGGAUCGAUCUAUCAUCACAGACAGGACUAUUGUAGCCAAUAAGCCUGACAUUGUGAUAAUAGAUCGAUCGCAACGUCGGGCCGUGCUCGUUGACAUCACCAUCCCCCAUGAUGAGAAUCUCGUGAAGGCCGAGAAGGACAAGUCCAGUAAGUACCUAGACUUGGCUCACGAGAUAACCGCCAUGUGGGAUGUUGAUUCGACGAUCAUUGUCCCGAUAGUCGUUUCAGUGAACGGUCUAAUAGCGAAGAGUCUCGACCAACAUCUUGAGAGACUCUCGCUAGGUGGUUGGAUCAAGGGUCAGAUGCAGAAGGCGGUGAUCUUGGACACGGCGCGGAUAGUCCGCCGGUUCCUCUCUCUGCAGCCCUGACCACCGGUAGCUUGGGCCUUGCCCCGCUGCUGGCGGCACCCUAGGUUAGGUUUUUUUAUAAUGUGUUUAUAUGUAUUUUUUAUUGUUUUGU